GCCAGACCACCUCACCCGCAAGGCAGGACUUCCCUACACACAUUCUGAGCUACCAAGCAAUAUCUGGGAACAGUGCCUCAGCCUGAACUCUCAGACAUAUGCAAGAACAUUUUUUUCUGCAGGAACUGCACACAGCCUGCCCAUUAUUCCCUUGCGCAUGUUGGACCAGAGCUCUUUGAACAUCUUGCCCAUGAUCAACUCCAUGUUGAUCCUGCAGCUCUUCUUGCUGGCUCCUGCUGCUGUUGCUGGCUGCAGCAGGGAUGAAGUUGACAGGCAUCUCAUCCUGGCUAGAAUCAAAGCACAUUUCCUGGAGUCCCUUGGUCCUGUCCCCCAUAGCGAAAAGGCCCAAGGGGGACAAAGGGGGCUCCACAGGAGGCAUGCCUUGGGCACAGCAGCUGCUCAUAGCUGGGAGGAAGAAGACACAUCCCAAGUGAUUGCCUUCCCAUCCAAAGAUGUACCCUGUGAACCAUCUCAACCGGAUGAGCUUCUAGAGGAUGAGGGAGUUUUCACCUACAUUUUUCAACCCUCAAUACAUAUCCUGAGUCGUGUGGUGACCUCAGCCCAGCUGUGGUUCUACACAGGCCCUGUGAUAGUUCAGAACAGCCCCUCGGAAACUGCCUCCAACAGCUCCACACCAGAGGCAAAGAUAUUGACGCUCUCUGAUGAAGGCCGGGUCCCACUAGCUACCAUGGCAGUGCCAGCUCCUGAGGGCUGGACAGUCUUUCACUUCAGAACAACCUUCUUCCCUUACCUUGCCCGGAAUAUAUUUGUGCUCUUUAUUCGUUGCCUAGGCUGCCCCUGUGUGGCUGAUGCUGAAAAAAUGCCCUUCCUUGUAGCAACCACCAAACCCAGGGGCCGAGACCGGGCCCGGCGCUCCUCAGUGCCCUGGUCACCAGCUGCUCUCAAUUUGCUGCAGCGGCCUUCAGAUAAUGCUGCAGUCCAUGGCAACUGCCACCGUGCUUCCCUCAAUAUCUCUUUUGAAGAACUAGGAUGGGACAAGUGGAUCGUGCAUCCUAGCAGCUUUGUGUUUCAUUACUGUCAUGGGAACUGUUCUGACAUCCACUCACUCACACACAAUCCCAACUUCCAGCUGUGCUGUGCUGCCUUGCCAGGCACCAUGCACUCUCUGAGGGUCCGUACCACCUCAGAUGGUGGCUACUCCUUCAAGUAUGAGACAGUCCCCAACAUCCUCACCCAGGACUGUGUCUGCAUAUAGCAAAGACUCAGCUUUAGCAGUAAAAUGCUCUCCUGAUGGGAAACUACUGUCUUGCUCAGAUCAGUUCACUCUAGACCCUCAGCAACAAGUAUCUUCUUCAUAUGAACCCAGGACCAAAGCACUUCUAGACAGUGCCUUAUCUGCUCAAUGUGAAGACUGGCACCUUUGCCCUUCACAGCCAGUUUUGGAGGCCCCACUACAUCUCAUUUGCCCUUGGACUUUAUUAACUGAAGCUACAAUCAGAAUGGAAGACCAAUACUGGGGUGAAGAAGCUGCUUAAUCUUCUCCUUUUGUUUUGUCCACUCAAAAGUACCUCUGCUUAGCUGCUACCCCACCCAUGACAGAAAAAGUGUAAGAUCCACAUCUUACACUUAAGAUGUAAAUUCAGGUUGGAGAGGGUGAUAUUCAGCAGACAGAAGGGAUAUAAUUAAAUAGUCUUCCUCCUCCUCCAUUUAUUCCCUCUUGAUGACAGCCCCCAAGGAAAGCAAAAGAAGGCAUAUACAGUUUGGCCUGAGGGUCCUGGACCUGUGUCUCUAAACAGGACCAGAAAUUCUCCCUUGGUCUCCAAAGCUAAAAGGGAGAGUUUCAGGGGUUUCAUAAUCUGAGGAGAAGAAUAGAGGUGGUAGAGAUUCUUAUCAAUCACAGAAAAGCCAAACACUCUUUUUUUGGAUUGGCAGCAAGAAUAGUACAACUAUCUGAGCAGCAUAAGGCCAGAUAGGACCUAGAAUCUGCAGAAAGAAUGCACAUGGAAAACAUACAGACAGGCAGGAUAUUUAUCUUGCCAAUCAUGCAGCUGAAUGUGUCUCACACAGCUAGCUUGCCCUGCAAAUUUUCUGAACUCUAGGGAUCUGCAAGUUUGUUUCCCUUAAGAAACUGAGGAAAAAAAUGCCCAUUUUUCAUUAAUGAUCCUCAGUCCUGGCAUGCUACCUUUUCACUGUGUCUUUCCUUCCUCGUGUUCUUUCAGACACAGGUUUAUCCCUGGGGCUCUACAAAGAGCAAGAAGAAACUUGUAGCAGAGGGCUUACACUUGGCUUCUCAGCCAUCCCAGCUCUGAUCUCUCUCCAGUGAACUGAAGGCUGGGGAAUAGGAAGGGGCUGUUAGAGUGGACUAGCAGGGUUUUCUAGCCAGCAUCUCUAAUUCCCAUAGCUCUUAUCAGAAUGCUGGGGGAGCAGGAAAGUGGGCCUAUUUUAUGAAGUAUCUGAUCAAGAAAAGAGCCAGUUAAGUGCAACAAGUAUAGCGUGGUUUAGGAAUUGAUGAUGCCUGCCUUUGCCAGUAGACAUUGUCACUUGGUAAACAUUCCACCCAUGAAGGGAAAUGUCAACUUCACUAUGAAAAUGGCUGAAAGAGAGGCCAAUGGUUCUCUAACAAGCGCUGAGGAUGGGAUGAACCCCUGGAGCCCAUUAGAAGUCCUGCCUGCAGCUACCGAGUAUCCUUAAUGAGAACGUGGUGAGAUGGCCCGAGUGUAGGAGUCCCCUUGUUUUGUUAAACUAUAUCCUAAUCAGCAUUCAUUGUAAAGGGCCAAUUAGAAAUGUUUCCAAAACAGUGACGGUUAAAUAAAGUUUUUUUUUUCCUUAAAAGAAACCCCUCAGUACUAUUCAGUAUCUUACAAAAAAAGAAAAAGAUGCCAGUCCUGGGACAUCUCACUUUACUAAAGUGCUCACUUUACUAAACCGAUGGAACACAGUAUGAUGCAUGUAAGAAACAAGUAUGUUUCAAUCUUGAUUUCAUGUAGGCAUUUCAGUGUAAAUUCUUGCAGGUAAGUUUCAAAGUAUUUGUUGAGGAGAAGGAAGCAGCCGGGCAGAGGAUCAAUUUGGCCUCAAAUUCCAAGAAUAGCACUGGGGAGCAGACACAGCAGUGUGAGAGCCAGCCGUGGGUUAGCUGAGAUGCUACUGUACUCAAGCCGAGUUAUGUUCUGCAGGUAAUACAAGCUUUUGUCAAUAGAUGGCUCCCAAGGCAGAUGAAUAGAAAAUACAGUCAGAGUUCUUUCAUUUUGGUUCCCCUCCUUGGGAGGCAACAUUGAUUUUUGCGUAGCUCAGAGAAAGCAGUGUUUGUUGAAAGAGCAGAAAGGUGCAAUUCCUUUUCCCUUUUAAGAUUUCGCAGGCAGGGCAGAAUGUCACUGUCCAGAUAUUUCAGAGGUCUCUGUGGCUGUUUGCUCAACCCCAUUUCAGCCUAGCAUACAGUGCAAACCCAACGUGUGUACUUAAUGGCUCAAUAUACAGGAUGAAUCCAGAAGUUUCACUUGAAUAAACCAUGGUUCAUUUAACCAAAAGGAAGUGUGUCAGGUGAACACCACCUAUGUCUUCUCUAAGGUGACCAAAAAGUGUUUCUGUUCUAUUAUUCACAUUAAAAGUUGCAGGUGUAAGAACAAGGGAUUUGGGGGGUAUGUUUACUGCAUGGUAGGUAACAACACUGCCUCAUUCCUUGCCCCCAACUCUGGUAAGUUAUGCUGGCAGUGACUAUUCUCCAAAAUAUACAAAGACUGCUGCACAGAAGAGCACUGGACACCGAACAAUGCACAGUUCUAAUCAUCAUACCUCAAAAAGGAUGGAAGGUAGGAUGGGAGAGCCAUGAGAAAGGCUUCCCAACAUGAUUAUAGUUUAGAUUCUCAGCCAGGAGGCCACAGCUACUGUGGUCUUUACCUUGCAGGAAAGGUGCAUGGGGGUUGAUGGAAAAAUAACAGAAGAGCCAUCAAAGAGGGUUAUCACCCUCCUGCCCAUGCUUGCAGUAGGCUGGCCACUGUGACCCACAGAAUGUUGUAGGAGAAGGGCCUUUAGUGUGACCUUACGCUGAAACCCACUUCUUUCCAGAGUUCCACUUCAGAGGCACUCUCCCUGCCAUAUAAUAAUUUUCAGGAAAGGCACUAUUCUCUCUGCUAGCUUGUUCCGAUUUAAUAAUAAACUUAAAUGAUUUAUGGACUACCCUUCACAAGGUAGUUUUAAAAGACAGAGUGAAUUGAACAAAUCUGAAUCCUCCACCUCUUCUUCUCCUUGCAUGUGGCCCAAGUACCUCAAUCCAGCCACUUCUCUAUGAAGGUGAGGGAGAACUGUUCCAACAACUUGGCCUCCACAACCUGAUGCCCAUAAGAUGUGUUGGACUUCCAUAAUUGCCAGGUAACAUGAUUUCAGCCACAGUGGCUGGGGAGCAUAAAGGCUGGUCCAACACAGCCAGAAAGCAGCAGGUUGGGGGAAUUCACAGAAAUUCUUGCAGAGGAAGCAACACAAAUCAUUGGGGGAAUUAGGAGAGCAUUAGCAGAACUUUCAUUUACUCACACUACAGGAUAUAUUGAAGGAAAAAAGAGGGGUAAUGACUAUGAU